AUGGAGGACCCUGAUGGGCCCACAGGAUCCGCCCCUGCAGGGUCUGCAGAAGGUGUACCAAACCUAGCAUCUUUUGACCAUGCUGAACUUCCUUAUAUACCUAAAGUUUUUGGUGAACCAGCGCAGGCCAUCAAGGUUUUCGAGGAGUACAAUGAAAUUGUCAGCACGGAUGAGAUUCAGCAAAUGUUUAAUGAAAGGAUGGACUUUACUAAGCCAGAUGUCAUCGAAAAAAUGCAGAGUGUUUGGCUAGAUGCAAGCUAUCUAGCAUUGGAACGCUGUGGAUUUGAUCACUUGAAACCAAUGUUUGGACCUGGCAAGAUCACAGACAUUCUCCCCUUAAUGUUCAUAGCAUACCAUGAUUGCCCAGAGGUGUUGAAAUUGGGGGCGUAUGUUCAGGAUCCUGAUGUCGGUAUACCGCCACCUAGCGUGGUUGACAUUGGUAGUGAAAUGCCGAACCUCAAUCUGGUCUCCCUGGCCGGUAAGACCGUAGGUCUUUCGGAUCUCCAUAUCAACAAGGACAGAAUUAUGAUGAUCCUGGCUUCAUCGGCUUCCUGACCUCCGCUUAGGGCCUGUGUAGUAGGUGGUACGCUUGCAGGUAUUGUUCGCGACUACCGAACCCAGGUCGAUUUCCUAGCCGUCUACCUCGCCGAAGCUCACGCCAAUGGAGUGUGGCCUCUGGGGACAAAUGUCAGCUACAUGAAACGUCACAAGUCUCUUCAAGAGAGGAUUGAUGCAGCUAAAGAUCUUCUCAAGAUAGAUGCCGAGUCACAUGAUUGCAUGACUGAUGACGUCAGUGAUUCUUCCAAGUUCCGCCUCGUCGUUGAUCAGAUGGACAACCUCUUCUCCAGGAUGUUCAAAGCGCACCCAGAUCGGGUGAUAUUUAUCCGUGAUGGGAAGAUCGUGUAUUUCGGUAAAAGUAUCAUAGAUCAGAUGCAGGACCCUUCACGCCUGAUGACCCAUGAAGCACGUGAAUGGUUGGAAGCGAACCUUGGGCCAGCUUCAAAGCAGUAAUAUCAUUGUCGUACAUCCUUUAAACUCUAAUCAGGUCAUAGCUGCGAUAUGUUUAAUCGUCCUUUAAAUUUUUUUAGAUGUUGUGUUUAAGUUGUUUUCUAUUAAAACUGUUCAAUGAAAGGGGAUUUCAACCAAAUUCACUUGCGAAAACACGAACAACAGUUUUUCAACGCUUUAGGUACUAACAUUGCCAGUGAAAAUCUCUAUUUUAUAGCAUGGGUGCCAAUGUGUGAGUUUUUUUUACAUUAAUACAGUGAAUUAAUCUCCAAUUUGAUGCCAACUUUAUGUAUAAAAGGAAAUAGGGCUUUAAACGGAGUCUUGCAUACAAAUAUGCCAUUGCAGAUUUAAUGUUAUUUUUUUAAACCAAAUACAAUGCGUUAAAAUAUAUUAUAUAAAAUAUUUUAGGCCUAUUCAUCAUCAGGCGACAUUUUUCUUCCUUAUAAUUACCCAAUCGACAAUUACUUUUUAACUCCCUUCUCUUU